GUAGGUCAGGUCACCGUCAUAUCAUCCAUGAUCACUUUUUUUGUUUUGUUUUUGUUGGUCAACAAGAAAGCACGCGGAUCGUCGGCGUUUGUAAAAUAAAGUUUCAUCUUACAAAUUUCGUUAUGCCGACAAAUGACAAUCCUGAAUUACAAAGGUGACAGACUAGAUGGAAACACAAUGGAGUGCAAUUGCACUAGUGUAUAACCCACUGAAGGCAGGAAGCAUUGAUGGAACAGAUGAGCGCCCUCAUGACAGAGCUGUAGAAAGAGCUUUGAAAGCCAGAUAUAAUCCAGACAAGAGUCUCAAAAGCUCCCCAGAAUCUUCCGUCUUUAUUACGAGAUUAAAUUUGAACACAACAGAAGAAACUCUGCAAGAGGCUUUCAGCAGAUAUGGUGAAAUUAGGAACCUGCGGCUUGUACGUGAUAUUGUAACUGGAUUUUCAAAGUGCUAUGCUUUCAUUGAAUACAGUGAUAGUAGAGAUGCGUAUCGUGCAAUUGAUGAAGCAAACCACAUGUAUAUAGAUGGCCAUGAAAUUUAUGUUGAUAACGAGAUAGAAAGGACGUUGGAAGGAUGGAUACCAAGGCGUUUAGGGGGUGGAUUUGGUGGUAAAAAAGAAUCUGGCCAGCUGCGAUUUGGUGGAAACGAUCGCCCUUUUAAGAAACCAAUUAUACUUAGUCAAAAGUAUGAUACACAAGACAAAGAACAAAACUACAGGCAUACUGAUAGAUAUAGUGACCAAAGGAGGGAUAGGGACAGAGAAAGACGGAGGUCCAGGGACAGAGAAAGACGGAGGUCCAGGGACAGAGAAAGACACAGAUCCAGGGACAGAGAAAGAUGCAGAUCCAGGGACAGAGAAAGACGCAGAUCCAGGGACAGAGAAAGACGCAGAUCCAGAUCUCGAGAAAAACAUAGGGAUAGAGACAGGGACAGUGAUAAAUACAGAGAAAGGGACAGAGAUAACGACAUGUCAAAAGAAAGAAAUAGCAGUGACAAAGAGUAAAAGAAUAGCACAGAAAAACUGGCAAUGGACAAUUAAAUAAAUGGAAUGAAAUAAGUAGUGAGUGUGGCAAUAUUUCUAUCCACAAGAAUCAGAAGCACUGUAAAAACUGUUUGAUAAAGAUACGAGUUUUUAUUUAAAAAUUUACAGACAUUGCUGUUUACUUGUACAGUACAUACAGAGCAAAAAUGUGGGGUGUGGCAUGUGUGCUGGAGACAUCAGUUUAGUGUGACAAUAAUGUUUUACUAAUAUGUGUUAAAAUAUUUCUUCUUUUGCUGUAUUUUUAUUCUAUUGAGCUAAUGAAUUUCCAUUUUUGGACAUUAACGAUUUCUAUGUUUAUGUAACAGAUGCCAGUAAACUUGAAGUCAGCAGUUGUUAAAUAACCUUACCCCUUGCAUUGUACUCUGGUUGCCUUAAAUGAGGGGAAAAUAAAUUAAGAAUUGCUUA